UGACAGCACCCUCCAUGUGACUUACUUGUAAGAAGUCUAACCCUGAAUACGCAUGGGAGUUUUGCAGCAGAUGGCCAGCUAGUUUGAUUGGUGGUUUAACUACAAUAUUUCAUCAUUGUUGCAAAAAUCAGCUGAGUGCCUAAAAAGGAAGCAAGUACAACAGGCAGUCCAACUUUUCUUCGGUCAUCUUACCAAGGUUUUGUUUCUAAGGAAGACGUUGUCUUUAAAUGGUUGGGAAAUAGCAUCCUCCUAAAGGGUGAAGUCCGUAUCACCGAAGCGCUCUAGGAUUUGGUCAAACAAAAAUUGUUUUUAAGAGGAACAAAGAAUGGGAUCAUUUUCCUCCAAACCAACGGAAGAACCAGAUAGCAGCACACCCACAACAGAAGCCACACACAUAGGUGAAUCAGAUGGGCCGGCUAUUUUCUAUAAAAUAUACCCCUACUUACUUAUGGCAUUUGUUGCUGGGGUUCUUCUGACGCUUCUGGUCGUCUGCCUCAUCAAGAAGAGCUGUCCCAAACAUCCAACUGGCUGCUCCUCGAAGAUUUCCCCAGCCUCAGACCCUUCCCACAAGCACUGUGCCACUGCUGAGGAGUCCCUUACCUGUGUUGACAUGUCUCUCAAAGAUUCAGAAGAAAACAGUGUCUACUUUGCCCAACACCAGCGUGAAGAACCGGACCCCAUUGUCUAUGCACAAGUCAAAGUGCAAACCAAAAUCAGCCUUCCCACCGAUGGAAGUGGGGACGUACACUAGACCUGAUGGCCCCAGCCUUGGAUUGUUUACUCUUUUACAGAUUUUGGUCCCCUUCAUCCUGUGCCUCCCAACAAUCCCUAUAUGGUUGUGACAUAUUUAAGUACUUAAUCUUAGUCAUCUCAAAAGCUGCUAGAUGGAGCAUUCUCUAGCCGUGGAAGGGAUUGCUGAUCCUCUGGCUUUGACUCUUAGUCUGUAAGACCAUGGAAGGUAGGGACUUUGUCUCUUUCGUAGACUACUAUAGCCAUAUGCAGCAUGUCAAGCUCUGUGAGCACAAUUAAUGGUGCUAAGUGACCUUGGAGGAGCACCUGGAAAACUCCAAAUAAAGAAACCUUAUACAACCUUGAAUUUUUCUUGAUAGCUAAUGCCUAAGCACCCCACCCCACCCCCCAAACUUUCUCUAAAGUUCAGAACCACAAGAUCACAGGCCCUCAGGAAAGGGAGGCAGUUACCACAAUGGCAUGGAAAGGCCAGAAGCCAGAAAUGAGAUUAAGUGUAAUUUCUAAGGGAUUAGGAAUCUGAGGUAGAAAAGAGACAGAGGAAGAAUAUUCUGAGUAAAAGUCAUUACACCCUUUCUCUUACAGUAGACUCAUAGGUAGAGAAGAGACCACCAAGUUUGGGAAAAUGGUCAACAAGAAGCCAGAAAGUAGAACAUAAGCUAACCCAACUGGCCCCAUGAUGGCACUGGAGGAUAGGAGAACUUUCCCCUUUCUUUCUGCUGGGCUGUUUGUCUAAGCAAGGGAGCUGGGGGUUUUCCUUAACUUCUGUGUGAGGUCCUCUUCCUCAUCCUCCUCUGUUCAAGGAACAUACCUUAUAAAGAGAUAUGAAAGAACAGAACCAUCCUGCCAUUUCAUUUUCUGCCAUUAAUUGAGAAAUUAAUUAAGCUCCUAUUUCCCCUGCCUUUUUGAAGAGGGCUCAAG